CUCUUCCGCUUCACGACAAGCCCGAUUUUUGCGCAAUCCAUCACAAUGUCUGACGAGCAACACGAUGUUACCUUCGAGUCCGCCGACGCCGGCGCGUCUCUCACCUACCCCAUGCAGUGCUCUGCUCUGCGCAAGAACGGCUUCGUCGUGAUCAAGGGCCGCCCGUGCAAGAUUGUCGACAUGUCCACCUCCAAGACCGGCAAGCACGGUCACGCCAAGGUCCACCUUGUCGCCCUUGACAUCUUCACCGGCAAGAAGUACGAAGAUCUCUCUCCCUCCACUCACAACAUGGACGUCCCCAACGUCACCCGUCGUGAGUACCAGCUGAUCGACAUCUCCGACGACGGUUUCCUCUCCCUGAUGAACGACGACGGUGACCUCAAGGACGAUGUCCGCAUGCCCGAUGGCGAGAUUGGUGAGAAGAUCAACAAGCUCUUCAAGAUUGACGAGAAGGACACCAACGUUGUUGUCCUCACCUCCAUGGGUGAGGAGGCCGCCAUCGAGGCCAAGGAGGCUCCCAAGCAGGGUUAAAUCAAAUCCUAGCUCCCAUAACCCAAUGAGCACAACGAAAGAUUCAGGAUUUGU